AUGGCGAGUAAUAUACCAGCUGGACUGCGGUCGGCAGACAUUGGGCGAUUUGCCAUCAGGGCAGCUCAGAUCGAGAAGGCUAAACCUGUGGUUGCCUACUGGUGUAAUUUCCAUAUUGUAAACCAGAUUAUCGAAAGGGGUCUUCACAAUUCCGAUGAGGAGAUCAUGCUCUACACGACAAACCUCGUGGACAAGCUGGAGCAGUUCAAAGUAGAGAACCCAGAAAACGAUACAGUGACAGACACCGUUGCAGCGAGCGCCUAUGUCGAGCAAUUCGGAUUGGAGGUCUUCGGGCGUGCGGAGGCCGCUAUGAAUGCCAACAAAGUCACAAAGCAAACGGCAGAUACUUUCCAGGCAGCGGCCACGUUCCUAGAACUUUGCUCGAUCUGGGGGUCCCUAGACCCAGAACUGGCUGGGCGGAUCAAAUUCGCCAAGUUCCACGCGCUCCGAAUUGUUAAAGCUUUAAAAGCCGGUGAAGAUCCCAACGCGACAAAUCCGGCGCCAAAGCAGGAAGAAGAACUCGUUGAAGAUCCCGAAGUGCAGGCAUUUGAUGAGUCGGUAGCGGAGCAGGCCUCCAAGCCAAAACAACCCUCUAUCGAAGAGAUCCCAGACGAAUCUGACCGUUCUGGACGAGAGCUGGCUCGGAAAUCGACUCUUGAUGAAUCGAUUCAUCCAUCACGCACCUCGUCAGCACCUCGUCCCCCACCCGAGAUCCCUUCUGUUCCUCGCAACGCACCUGGUUCUCCCCCACAAUCAAUGGAUGUUGAUGAUUCCAGCAAAGGCGGAUUAGAGCUCCCAUCAACUCCAGCGACCAUUGGCGGGUCGUCCUCAGUACCUAACCUUCCUGACACCCCAACUGCAUUUCAUUCCUUCCCUCCGCCAUCUGAGGACCCAGCCGUUGACGCUCCAGACCCAGCCGUUGACGCUCCAGACCCAGCUUCUUUCUACGAUACCCCAGAUACUAGUGCUCCUGUUCAGCCUCCGCCUGCUCCGACAUUUGUUCCAUCACCACUUGCUAAGGCUCCGGUGCAACCGGCUCCUUAUGUCCCGUCCCAGCCAUCACAUGGUCUAGACGAUAGCUCGGUGCAGCUGGCGCAGAAACAUGCUCGUUGGGCGGUCUCUGCUUUGACUUUCGACGAUGUUGACACCGCUAUUAAGGAGCUCAGAAACUCGCUGAAGUGUCUAGGCGCAUCAUGA